AUAAAAAUAAGGUAUCAAAUCGUUUGAAGCUGGGGUACCAAACUUGUAGCCGAGUUACUCACCCGUUUCUUCUCAAUUUCACGUCAACUAACUUAACUGUCUCUCACUGGCAUGGCAAACACCCUUAAAACUCUACUAUCUAUAAACCCAUCAACCCACUUCAAAGCUUAUGCACAAACUUGUGUUCAUCUCUUGAAAACUUUCACUAACCAAACAUUAAUCAAUGAAGGCAAAGCAAUCCAUGCCCAUUUGUUUAAAAUGGGUGUAUCAUCACACAGAGAUAUAGCAAUAAAGCUAUUGAUUAUGUACUUAAAUUGUAGAAAAUCAGCCGAGGCUAAGCAAAUUUCAAAACAGUUCAAUGGUUUCGACCUCGUUGUACAUAAUUGUUUGAUCUCGGCUGAUGUACAAUGCGGAAACCUCGAUGAAGCACGUAAGCUGUUCGAUGAAAUGCCUCAAAGAAAUGAGGUUUCUUGGACAGCUUUAAUUUCUGGGUUCAUGAAAUAUGGAAGAGUUAGAGAAGCAAUUUGGUAUUUUGAGAGAAACCCAUUUCAAAAUGUGGUUUCUUGGACUGCUGUGAUCAGUGGGUAUGUGCGAAACGGGUUAAGUUUCGAAGCUAUGAAGCUGUUUCGUAAACUUCUUGAAUCUGAGAUCACGGCAAAUAAGGUUACAUUUACUUCAGUGAUAAAAGCUUGUGCAAAUUUGGGUGAUUUUGGACUGGGAAUGAGUGUUUUGGGGUUAGUUGUUAAGUCUGGAUUUGAGCAUGAUUUAGCUGUUUCUAAUUCUUUGAUCACAUUAUGCUUGAGAAUGGGUGAGAUUAGUUUAGCUAGAAGAGUGUUUGAUAGGAUAGAUAGGAAAGAUGUUGUUUCUUGGACUGCAAUACUAGACAUGUAUAUAGAGAUGGAUGAACUGGAAGAAGCUAAAAGAAUCUUCGAUGAGAUGCCGGAAAGAAAUGAGGUUUCUUGGAGUGUCAUGAUUGCUAGGUAUUGUCAGAGCGGUUAUCCUGAAGAGUCGUUGAGGCUGUUUCGGUGUAUGGUUGAAGAAGGGUACAAGCCGAAUUUAUCUUGUUUAUCUAGUAUUCUAAGUGCAUUGGCUGGUGUUGAAGCCCUGCGAGCAGGAAUGAACAUCCAUGGACAUGUUAUAAAAACUGGGGUCGAGAAAGACAUUUUCAUCAGUAGCUCUUUGAUCGAUUUGUAUUGUAAAUGCGGAGAAACAAAGGACGGGCGCUUAGUAUUUGAUACAAUUUUGGAGAAAAAUGUAGUUUCGUGGAAUGCUAUGGUUGGAGGGUAUAGUCUGAAUGGCCAAAUGGAAGAAGCAUAUCGUUUGUUCGAGAUCAUCCCAUUGCGCAACACCGUCUCUUGGAGUGCUAUAAUUGCUGGUUAUUUAGAUCUUAAACAAUUUGACAAAGUGUUUGAAGUAUUUAAUGAAAUGCUUCUUUUAGGAGAAAUUCCAAACAAAUCAACCUUCUCAAGCUUGCUUUGUGCUUGUGCAAGCACAGCCUCUUUGGAGAAGGGUAAGAACCUACAUGGAAAGAUAGUGAAACUUGGCAUCCAACGUGAUGUUUAUGUGAGUACUGCUCUUACUGAUAUGUAUUCAAAAUCCGGCAAUAUUGUGAGCGCUUGGAAACUUUUCAAUAAAAUGUCCGAGAAGAAUGAAAUUUCUUGGACUGUUAUGAUUCAAGGACUUGCAGAAAGUGGAUUUGCAGAGGAUUCACUUAAUUUGUUUGAGGAAAUGAAAAAUACUUCAACCUUUGCACCUAAUGAGGUCAUGUUCUUGUCAGUUCUCUUUGCUUGUUCUCACGCCGGAUUUGUCGAUAAAGGCCUCCAGUAUUUUAAUUCAAUGGAGGCCAUUUAUGGACUAAAACCUAAAGGAAAACACUACACAUGCAUCGUAGAUAUGUUAUCUCGAGCAGGACGUCUCUCAGAAGCUGAAGAGUUUAUUCAUUCCAUGCCAUUUCAACCAGAAACUAAUGCAUGGGCAGCUUUAAUAAGUGGUUGUAAGACUUACAAAAAUGAUGAAAUAGCUGUGAGAGCAGCUCGGAAACUUUGCGAAAGGGAAGAGAAAAACUCUGCACGAUACAUAUUGCUGUCAAAUAUUUAUGCUUCAGCUGGGAGAUGGGUAGAUGUUUUGGAAGUUAGAAAUUUGAUGAAGCAAAAAGGAUUAAAAAAGAAUGUCGGCUGUAGUUGGGUUGAAAUUAGAGAUAAGGUCCAUUCUUUCUAUUCAGAAGAUGGAGCUCACUCCCAAUCAGCUGAGAUUUAUGGAAUUUUAGAGCUCCUAAGGUAUGAAAUGCUUGUAUCUAAAAAUUGCAAAUUUUCAGAUUUAAAAGAAAUGAGCAAGCAGCAUAGAUACCGAGCCGAAGGCCAGCACUUGUUUAUUUGAUUGUACUAUAUCGUGUGGCUACUGCAUUGAGGAGGGGGUCGAAUUGGCAACCUAGAAUAUUAACUAAGCUAAAGAGAGGAAAAUAAAUAUGUGUCAGUAAGUAAUAGUAUUUGCACAGGGAAAAAAUGAAUGAAACUAACCGAUUUUCCAUUACCAUGAAAAUUGCUGCGAAGAAUUUGAUUUCAGAUUUGAUUUUGCUAAACUAGCCUGCAUCUGAACCUCCAAGAGGUCUUCUGUAUAUGUGAUUUACUGUACAUUCAAUCUUCAUGGUUCUUUGAAGAAAUGAUAAGCAAAAACAGACAAAACAAAAACAGAGAUCUGAGCUUCUUCGCUUUGAAAUGGAAGAUAAUUGAGGAAGACUGUCAAAGACCAUUUGUUGCAUCUCACCUGCAAUCUGUUCCUUUGCAGGUUUCUUGCCCUGAAACUCUCUUUAAAUGCACACACAUGCUAAAUAACACAUUCAAGUGUAUCCUUGUUUGUCCCAUGCCUAAAAUAAUACACUGUACUAAUUACUCUUUUAUGAUGUUUUCUUCUUGAUGCGGGUGAUGCAUGGAGAAGAUUUUAUAUGCUUGGGUCUUUUCUUUGGUGAGAACAGUCGAGUAGCUUAUAUAUCUGAUACUUCACAUUUUCCUGCUAGUACUGAGCAUGAUUAGUAUCACUUGUUCAUCCUGCCUGUGAUGGAAAUAUUUUGUUUUUCUUACACCUUAUGCACAAGCACAAGUAAUGAAUCGUGAUCAUGUUAUCUAAUUGGUGGAGGUACAAUUGCCAGUUUCUUCUGAUACACCAAAGGUAACUAUUUUCUUUGUAGGUCUUUUCAUUAUGCGAUUCUUGGUUUUUGCAGUAAUUUCAAAAGCUUGGGCUGGACAUUUGGAUCUUCUUAUCUUAAACACUCUGCGCAGGGUUAGUUAAAUAAUUAUAUUCGUUCUACAUUCUUGAUUAUAGCCAAUAGUUUCUAUGAGAAAGGACAGCUGUAAGGCUUAAAUAUCCAGCAAAACUUCUCAUAUGCUGAUUUUUUUGUUCUAUCUGCAUUAUGACAUUCACCCUGUAAAAUAUGCAACUUCCAUCAAGCUUGAGCCUGUAGGUUUAUGUGCAAAUAUUCUUGAUUGUGACUGUUGCUCAUGUAAUAAGAUUGUGAGCUACAAGCUAUAAUUCUUGAUGGUGACUAUUACUGAAAAGAUGCCCUCUGAAAUUGUGCUUUGUGCUCCUUAGAGGUAUGACUCAUUGCUGCAUAUGCUUUAUUUGUUUGAUCAAUUAAUGAGACGGACGUGCAAAUUUUAACCUAAUGGAGUACUGCAUUUGUGAUUCCUGUCCUUCAAAGCAAUCUCCUUAAUUAUGUUCUCGCUCUUGUGCUUCUAUAAUACAUAUCAAGACUAUUUAUUUUUCUCUUUUCAUUCUUGCUGAAUGCUGUGUGUUUUCUGACAGUUUCAAGAAUAAUACCGUUGAUCUUCUGUUUGCUUGUUCUCUAUAGAGUGGGACGCAUAACGUCUACUUCUGCUUACCUCAGUCCCUUGAAGCUGUAAGGAGAUUAUGUCCAAGGAGAGCUCUUUUAGUCGGAAUGGGCCAUGAGUUUGAUCAUUACAAGGACAAUGAGUACUUGGCAGACUGGUCUAAAAGGUCUAACAUUUACUCUCUUGAUGAUCGCUGAGUUUCGACAAACACAUGGGACGGGUCGGCUUUGUCAGCUAUUCUCUUGAUUUGUUACGAUAUAACCACUGUUUCUUGCAGCCUAAAAAGGCAUUUCUGAAGCAACCCAAAGUCUAUCUCAGUAUUUCAAUGUAGUUCUAAGAAAGCUGGAAAGGGAAAGAGACCAGGAAAAGGCGGCAAUCGUUUUUGGAAAAGCAUUGGCUUAAAUUUUAAGACUCCAAGAGAAGCUAUUCAAGGUUCUUUUUGAUACAUAUUGCUAGUAAUACAAAAUGCACAUUUGUUCGUUACAAAGUUGUAUGCUUUUCGAGCUGUUAUUCACAUUUGUUCGCUAGCAGUAUGUUUAUUGUGUUA